GAGAGACUUUAUUCAAAACUUCUGAAAUUUUUUAUGCAAACUAGUCUAGCUGAGGCCUUUAUGCAGGCAAAGUUUCAGGUCAAAAUUCGAAAGAAUAGCUUUGCUGCCACUGUAGGCAUACAAUAGAGAAAAUUCACUAAGAGCUCGAUAUCUCCUCAGAAACAAGCCAGAAACUCGAACUUUUUUUACCGUAAGCAUAACUCACUACGGGCUACAAGAUGCACGAAACCCCGAUUGAAAAGCGCUCUCGCACCUUGGAAGGUUCCCUAGUUAGACAAAUAACAACAAAUAAGCACUGACAGAAACCACAGCAUCACAAAAAGAGAACAGGUACAGUCAUGAGAAUAACAACUUUCAUUGAGAAAUAAAAAAAAAGUUUCGAAAAAAAUUCACUAUUCGAAUUCAAUAUCCAUCACUCAUUGUUGCUAUUCGUGUUCAUCAUGGUCAUACAACUAAUUAUCAACGAAAUGACAUACAAAUAGAAGGAAAGAGUAAGAAAAAAAAAAUAUUAAUCGAUAGAAGGAUUCUUGGCUAAACUUUCAGAAUGAAAAGAAUCUUGGCAAGUUGUCUGACAAAAACAAAUAUGAAAAGAAUAAGGAUGAGAAUGUUGACUUGUGCCCCGUUUCUUCUUGUUAUAAAUCGACAUGCUAUAUUUAUUUCACUCGUAUUAUUUCGCCUUCUUCAUCUUAUUUUUGCACCCUCCUCGCCAUCCUUCGAGAAGAAGAGCACCGGAUUGACGAAUAAAGAAGCACAAACUACGAGAAAUGGUGCCAGUCUGAAGCAAGACAGAAAACGGUGUUAAACAUUUGUGCGUAAGAAUGAAAAGAAGAGGAACAGACAAACAAAGCAGCGAGGAAAAAAACAGACGAAAAUGCAGAUCUUUUUCUUCUUCAGUUUCUUUCUCUUGUAUUCUAGACUUUCGGAAAGUCGUGAAAAGAGGAAAAAAAAGAAAAGAAAAAUGAUUGAAUAUUACCUUCAUAUGUUGAGCAUUAAAAUUAAUAGUAACUUAAUUGAUUACAUUUGUUAUUAUGCAAUCAUUUAUUAGGAAUUUAACAAGAUCCGAAUAUUGUAAUAACGCCGAAUACAAUAAUCCAUCACUGAUCUUAAUGCGACGAUGGAUAAAUUAUCUUCAGUUGAUGAUGAUAAAUCACCAACGUCAUCAAAUCAAUAACAGAAAUGGACAACAAAUAAUGAUUGGCCACGGUAUAUUAUCAAUAAGAAAUAAAAAUUUCUUUUGAUUUAUUCUUAUUUUAGGUCAACCGAUAAUCAACAACAACAAAAUGCAAUGAAUUCAAGUGGUUUAAUCCAUUUGAUUGCUACUCGUGGUGAGUCAAAUUUCACUGAUAAUGCUAAUGAUGGAUCAAUUGUAAGUAUUCGAACAGAUGAUCAAACAUCUGAACAAUUACCUCUUGUUCCUUCCUCAUCAGCAAUACUUCCAAUGGAUACAGAACAACAUCAACUGAUGGACAACAAACAGUUAAUAUUUCACAUAACAUUGUCGAAACUCAUCGUGAUAUGUUAA